GGUUACCUUUUGCUUCAUAUAGGUAGGUACUCUUUGCAUUUGGUCACUUCCGCCAGCUGAGUACCUUGUAUACUCUUUGCAGCUGAGCGACAGCGAUGAGUUAAUUCUUAAGAUUCUUAUGUGUGAAAGCGAUGCUAUUAUGAUUUAUUAGUGCAUCUGUCAUACAAAAAUAUCCUUUUGAUUCCAUACUUAAUCCAAGUGACAAAAAAAUGAAUAGGAACAGUAUAAAUAUAUUGAGUGAAUUAAGUAUGAACGAUUUAAAUAACAAAUUUUUCGAAAUUAUGCAAAAUGAAACAAAUGCAGAGGAUGCAGCAAAUUUUAUAUUUGAGAGUGUUUGUGAAGAUGUUACUUUAGGUGUGCUUUUUGAAUUUCAUCACGGAUUAAAAACUGGACUCACGGAGCUGAUAGAGGGUGAAAAGGAAGAAGAAGAAGGAUAUAAAAUUGUAAAUUCUCCGGAGUGCGAUGUUUUCGGUUUUUCGAUAUUGAAAAAAACCCCUGAUUCGAACUGUUCGUGUCCUAACUGCGAGAGGCCUGUUUCAGCGACGAGGUUCGCUCCUCAUCUUGAAAAAUGCAUGGGCAUGGGACGCAACAGUUCACGUAUAGCGUCUCGUCGUAUCGCGUCCAACAGUCGAGAGCCAACCUCAUACGCAGGGCUGCUUAGUGAUGAUGAAGACGACGCAGAUUGGUCUGGUGGCUCGAUACAAAGUGAUCGCAGGAAACGCAGAAUGAAGAAUAAUCACAAUAAGAGAUCGAAUAAAAUACACAAAGGCCAUAGAAAUAAUAAUGGCAAUCACAAUUCAGACUCCAAUGAAGGUGCCACUUAUGAGACGAUGUCAGCUAAUGAAAAGAAGAACCUUCUCCUACAAAUUUGUGGGGUUGUGUCUGAACACACUAAGAAAUUGUGUACAAGGUCAACUCGUUGUCCCCAACACACAGAGGAACAGCGUCGUGCACUAAGGAACAGUGUUCUAGAACCUUCCACCCCCGAGUCCCAGACCAUCGGUUUAGCAGACGAGGCUGGAUCACCACCGGACUCCAGCCCUUCAUCAUCAUGCUCAUCAUCAAGUAGGAAACGAGAUAGACAUCGAGCUGCACCCAAAACAAAGAACAAGAGGGAUAGGAAUAUGUCACCUAACGGUAGGGAUUAGAUUUUUUUUAUUAUUCUUCUAGAAGACAGAUAUUGAAAUUAAUUUCUUGAUUGAGAAAGUUUGCUAAAAAGUCUCCUUCUAAAGAUUCUUUUAUUUUUUAAUUUAAUUAAAAUUGUUUAGUUUUGAAGUCAAAUAAAAAAAUAUGGAAAUAAUACCAAAAGCUGAUUAUAGUUAAAGAUAAAUAUUAAAUUAGAAGAACUAAAAUUAUCUAAUUUGGUGAUGGUUCGUGAUAUAUUGAUAAUGUUUUUGAAAUUUAAUGUACUAACUUUUUUACCAAUUGUCAACUGGAAUGAAUAAAGAAAAUGAAGAGAA